AGAUGAAGUGCAGGGAAAAGCAAUCCAGCGUCCCCCCUCUGAACUUUUUGCUCUCCAAUUUCCAGCCUUUAAUUCCCUUCAGACAGAGGGGAACUCAGAUCCUAAGAAUCCAUACACUUCAAGCCUUUGGCAUUUACUAUAUUUUACAUCUGGGAAUUCAGUAAGCAACACUUCUGUGGAAAGGCGUGCCAUGAAGUGAGAGGGGACUGAAGUGCUGCUUUAGAAGGCCCGAUGCACUUGCAAACAACAUUCAGCCUGCAGGGCCAGCUGCCAGGCCUCUCCACGCAAAACUUCAUAUUGCCCUUUUUUAAUUUCAACCCCUCUCCUAUCAUCACCCAUUCCUAUCCCCACCCACCUUUCAAAACCACACCGAGUAGCACAGCUUAAAGGGUUGAAGAGAGGAGCUCUCUACCGGUGAUGUGCUUCCUGCCAAGGCGGCCCAAACCUUGUAAGGCAAGCGCCCGGGAGACACCGCUACGGUCUGAAGAACAACCAGCCCACUUGACAUUUCUAUUAGAAUAAUGGAACCCGAUUGCCACCAGCAGGAAGUCCAUCUUCACAGGUGCCAACGCGUCUGUCAAACCCGUAAUCCCCAAAAAAGAGUACGGAAGAUCGGAGGAGGAAGGUUCUAAAAUCGAAUUUGUGGGCGGAUACCAGAAAAGAACAAAAACAGUGGAUUAGGUGACCCUGGAGCCCUUUUCUUCCUGGCAGUCCCCUCUGAAUCAUCACGCUCCAAUUGUGACGUCGCAGACGCCCGGCUCCGGCAGGCGUGGGAUGCCCUCACCCAACCCGGGAGCCUCGAGGCGUCACCGCGCGUCCGCACGCGGCCGUCCCCGGGGAAAAGAGGGGGCGGCGGCCUGGCGGAUGCUGAGGUCUCGAUCCAGGGCGGAGCGAGGCAGCGCGCCACCCGGCUUCGCCUUCCCCUCCGCUGACCUCCGCCGCGCUCCCCGCCCUCGCCCUCGGCUGAGCCCGCGGCCAGACGCCUGGCGCCCCUCUGCUAGCCGCCCUCGCCCCGCCACCUCCUCCUCCGCGCUUUCCUCCUCCUCCUCCCCCGCCUCUUCCGUUUCUGGAGGGAAAGGCUGCACCCUCUUUCUUGGCUCCGCAUCCCUGGCUUAGGUGACGGCCCAGAGGGUGGGUGCCAAUUCUCCCAGCAGCUGCAACUGAAAAGCAGGGUUCAGAAAUGUCAGCUAUCCUCCGGGAGCUGCUCUGUGUCUCGGAGAAAGCUGCCAACAUCGCCCGGGCGUGCAGGCAGCAGGAAGCCCUCUUCCAGCUGCUGAUAGAAGAAAAGAAAGAGGGAGAGAAGAACAAGAAGUUUGCAGUUGAUUUCAAGACUCUGGCUGAUGUGCUGGUACAGGAAGUUAUAAAACAGAAUAUGGAGAACAAGUUUCCAGGCUUAGGAAAAAAAAUUUUUGGAGAAGAAUCCAAUGAGUUUACUACUGAUUUGGGGGAAAAGAUUAUCUUGAGACUGUGUCCAACAGAGAAAGAAACAGUAGAGCUUCUUAGCAAAGUCCUUAAUGGUAAUAAGUUGGCUUCUGAAGCAUUAGCCAAGGUGGUUCACCAGGAUGUCACCUUUACUGACCCAACUCUGGAUUCAGUGGAGAUCAACAUUCCACAGGACAUUUUGGGAAUUUGGGUGGAUCCCAUAGAUUCAACUUAUCAGUAUAUAAAAGGUUCUGCUGACGUUAAAUCCAACCAAGGAAUCUUCCCCAGUGGACUUCAGUGUGUCACCAUUUUAAUUGGUGUCUAUGACAUACAGACGGGGGUGCCCCUGAUGGGAGUCAUCAACCAACCUUUUGUAGCACAAGACUUACAUACCCUCAGGUGGAAAGGACAGUGCUACUGGGGGCUUUCUUACAUGGAGACCAAAAUCCAUUCCCUUCAGCCUUCCAUCUCUAAAAGAAACAGCAGUGACACCCGGAGCCAACUGACCACAAACACCAGCUCUGAGGCGGAAUUCUCCCACCAGUUUUCAGCUGUCAUCAGUACGAGUGAAAAGGAGACCAUCAAAGCUGCACUGUCACGUGUGUGUGGAGAGCGCGUGUUCCCAGCAGCUGGGGCUGGUUACAAGAGCCUCUGUGUUGUCCAAGGCCUUGUUGACAUUUACAUCUUCUCAGAAGACACCACCUUCAAGUGGGACUCUUGUGCUCCUCAUGCCAUACUCAGGGCCAUGGGUGGGGGAAUGGUAGAUUUGAAAGAAUGCUUGGAAAGAAAUCCAGAAACGGGGCCUGACUUACUACAGUUGGUGUACCACGUGGAAAACGCAGGUGCUACUGGAGUGGAUCGGUGGGCCAACAGGGGUGGACUGAUUGCAUACAGAUCAAGGAAGCAGCUGGAGACAUUCCUGAGCCACCUCAUGCAAAACCUGGCAGAUACACAUACAUAGACGGACUUUGUCCUCAUGUUCUUGUAAACCAAACUGUGAAACGAUUUCCUACAUCUCUAUCUUUUGAAGAUAGCUUUGUUCUAUUGAUGGUCGGCAUUCAACUUCCUCUUUUGAGGAGCAUUUUUCCAUUAUGUGUUCAUAAUGUUAAUUUCAAUAAAGGAAUGACAGUCAUGCAGCAGUUAAA